AUGAAUACGGAUCGCUUACUCAAGUCAGCCAACUGGGUACGCAACGAACUCUUGGUCCGCCUUGCCCACCGUAUUCGUGAUUUCCAACAACUCCCCUUUUUUGUGGGCACAAAUCCUCACAUUGAGUAUGUCUAUAAACUCUAUUGGGGUGCAUUUGAAUCAUUGCGUACCUUCCCUCCUAUUGCAACACACAAUGACAACACGCGCUUUUGCGACCUGCUAAGGAACUUGUUAGAAGAUGGUCUUUUAGUCUUGCCACGACUAGCUCAGGGAUUAAGUGAGAGUGCAGCUUAUUACCCGCCUGAAAAAAAGGAUUUGGAUCUGUUUCUAAGUCGUAUGCUUCGAUCCAGAGUGUCAAGGCGAAUUUUGGCUGAACAACAUAUUGCACUAGCAGAAGCAUGUGAACAUGAUUGGGAUCACCACACUGGGUUUGGUGAUGGUUAUGUAGGCAUUAUUUUUGUUCAUUGCUCAGCGAGCCAGAUUGUAGAACGAUCCAAGAAUUUAGUCUAUCAGCAUGUGCAUCGAUACCAAGAGCAAUCUAACGAUGUACCACCUAUUCAAGUUCAUAUUCAGCAUAACGGAUUUGUAGCCAAACACUCUAAAGAUGAGAUCCUUUUUGCUUAUGUACCUGAACAAUUAGAACAUAUCCUGUAUGAAUUAUUAGAUAAUGCCGUCCGAUUUACAAUGCAAAAACACCCUAGUGGCAACUACCCACCCAUUCAAGUGACUGUGAGUGCCAAUGAUUCAGAUGUGUAUUUCAGAGUGUCUGAUCAAGGUGGAGGCAUGGCAAAAGAACGUUACGACUGUUUAUGGUCUUAUCAAUCACGCGCACAAGUAGGCGAUUUCAAAAAUUUCAAACAAGUGCAAAAACUACCUGCUUCUAUUGAUGAACGAGCAAGUCAAGCGUCUGAAAUGAGACACCGUCACUUGGGUGUUGGGUUAACAAUGAGUCGAGUCUAUGCGGAAUAUUGGGGUGGAGAAUUACAGGUGCUGACGAUGGAUGGCUAUGGCACAGAUGCCUAUGUGCGUAUUCCAAGGUUAGGCACCAAUGCAGAGAAUUUGGGUAUUGAACGACAAUCACAUCCUGUGUUUCAUAACAGUAUCAAGUCUGGAUCGUCCAUUACAGGCACACAUAAAAAGAAAAAAUCGACAAAAGAUACAGUGAAAAAAGAAUUAAGACUCAAAUCGUCAGGUCCAAGUCUGAAAUUCCUAUCCCCAGAGCAACAGCUUCUUGAUACCAGUCUGACAUCAGAAUCAUUUAGUGGAAAUGGCUGGAGUGAAAGCCAUAUGAUACAGUCUUAA